AUUAUUAAAGAAAAGAAAUAUUUAUAUAUAAAAAUCAAAAUCUCACAGAAAAUCUUUGCACUAAGUAAGCCGCUUGCUUCUUCUAUACCUCACAGCUCACUGUCGAAACUCUCGGAGAGAGAGAGUUUUCUGCUGAUUUUGCUCGACUUACUGACAAAAAAGAUCCAUAUCCAUCUGGGUAGGCUUCAAGAAAAUGUUGGGUCGUCCUCAGUUUUCUAGGACCGGAAGCUUCCGGCCUGAGAAUUUGGGUCCAAAUGCCAUGGCCAUGAUUGGAAACCUUUGCUUCACGUUGUUUGUUCUCGGAGUCUUAAUCUUCACUAUUAUAGCCGCGACUUAUGAACCGGAAGAUCCUUUGUUUCACCCUACAACCAAGAUCACCACUUUUCUUACUUCAACUUCCAAUGCCACUUUCAAAUCUGAUAACACUGUGACAAGGACCGGUGAGGAUUUCAUGGCUUCCAAUCAGACUGCGUUCUCUACUUUUAUCAACAUAACAGAUGUGGACAAAGUGAGUAGUGGUGACAACAACCAAGAGAGUGGCACUGCUGAGGGGAACUCAACUGAUUGUGAGGCUAAUGUGGAUAUCCCAAUUGAUUGUAGGGACCCAGAUGUGUUCCAUUUGAUGAUGAGGGCAGCCAUAGAACGGUUUCCGGAUAUUCAUUUCUAUCGGUUCGGGAAAUCAGUUCCUGCACCUGAAGCAUGGAGCUGUGAUAUGGCUUGGCGGUUUAGGCCUAAGGAAGGAAAGACUGCCAAUUUUUACAAGGAUUAUAGGAGAUUUGUGAUUUCAAGGUCUCCAAAUUGUACUCUUAGUGUGGUUCAGAUUGGAGACUACCAUAGUGGUGUCAAUGCAAGGAAAAAGAAGAGAAAUCAGACUCCUGGGUUUGAGAAGAGACCUCUGAAACAAGAAGAGGUUAAGUCUUUGCCUGUUGUUGGGGAAGCUGUAAAUGAUUCCCUUCCUGUUGUUGAGUCCGAAGGAUCUUUCAGCCACGGCAAGUACUUGAUGUAUGUGGGUGGUGGAGACAGAUGCAAGAACAUGAAUCAUUACCUGUGGAGUUUCCUUUGUGCUCUCGGUGAAGCUCAGUACCUUAACCGAACUUUGGUUAUGGAUUUGAGUAUUUGCCUGUCUUCAAUUUACACUUCUUCCAAUCAGGAUGAGGAAGGGAAAGAUUUCAGGUUUUAUUUUGAUUUUGAGCAUUUGAAGGAGUCAGCCUCUGUGUUAGAUAAGGGCCAGUUCUGGACUGAUUGGAAUAAAUGGCAGAAGAAAGAUGGGCUGAAUCUUCAUCUUGUGGAGGACUUCAGGGUCACGCCAAUGAAACUUUCGAGUGUCAAUGAUGCUUUGAUUAUGAGAAAGUUUGGGACUGUGGAGCCUGAUAAUUACUGGUACAGGGUAUGUGAAGGAGAAACAGAAUCUGCUGUCCGGCGACCUUGGCAUUUGAUAUGGAAAUCAAGAAGGUUGAUGGAUAUAGUGUCUGGAGUUGCAUCAAGAUUGAACUGGGACUACGACUCCGUUCACAUUGUGAGAGGAGAAAAGGCUAGGAACAAGGAGCUUUGGCCUAACCUUGAUCAAGAUACUUCACCAAAUUCACUUCUGUCAACUUUGCAAGACAAAAUUGAGGAUGGAAGGAACCUUUACAUUGCAACAGAUGAACCUGAUCAAUCUUUCUUUGACCCUUUGAAAGACAAGUAUACGACUCAUUUUCUUGAAGAGUACAAGGAUCUUUGGGGUGAGAACAGUGAGUGGUACUCUGAGAUGACUAAGCUGAACAACGGGGCUCCAGUCGAAUUUGAUGGAUACAUGAGGGUGUCUGUUGAUACUGAAGUUUUCUUGAGAGGGAAAAAGCAGAUUGAAACAUUCAAUGACCUCACCAAGGAUUGCAAGGAUGGCAUCAACACAUGCAGCACUCAAUCAAGCUAAUCUCAAACACAAGACCGUGGAAACUUUUUCCUGUUUCCUAUGUUUUUUAGAAUAUCCACGUGCAUUUCAUAAAUUGUUUUGUUAGCCUUAGUUUGAAGUUUCUAGUAUAAAAGUAGUUUCUGUACGAGUUUUGUACUUUAGAAAAGAUACUGCCAAUACCAAGGUCAAUUGGGAUUCGUUUAUGAGUUUGAUUUGUACUUGAGUUUGUGUUGGAAAUAUUGUGAAUAUUUUAACAAAA